AUGCAGGUGAUACAUCGAAUUAAUUUGCCCUUCAAAGUUAAGUAUAAACACAUCAUUGGAUCAAGAGGAUAUGUAAUAUCCAGAAUCCAACGAAAACGUAAGGUGCACGUACACAUUCCGAAAAAUGAGGACCCAGACAACAGAGUCAUCAUUACUGGAUAUCAGCAGGGUGUUCAAGCUGCCGUGGAAGAUAUUCGUAAGAUUAUUCGCAGACGUAUCAGUAGCAGAAGGAAAAUAGAGAAAAGGGUUACAUACCGGUAUUAUGGCAACACCAUUGUCUGUCCUAAACUUGGGAAAGUUUCAAGUUUGGAACACUUAGAAUAUCUUAAGGAUCGUUCGUUGAGUUUGAAAAAACCUAAAAAUAAAAGAAACUUGAAAAAACAUGGAGUGGUGAAUACAAAGAAAAAGGUAAUUGAACCUAGUGUUCUUUCUUGGCCACCUGGCACCAGAAGGCAGAGUAUGAAAAGGAUUGCAAGAUGGCAUCGUGUAGAUCUUCGAAUUGUUCACAGAUUGUUUCCAAUUACUGGAAUGAAAAAACAAAAGAGAAAAUUAUGUAUCUCAUUUGCUGAACUUGAAAAAACAAUAUGUCAGUCACAAAAGCCUGCAAAUAAGGCUUUAUUUUAAG